UGCAACAUGUGUCGCAAAUGUUUCACAAUAGCGAUAUGUAUUUGUGUAUUGAUGUGACGUGGCAUGUUAUAUUCAUCAGUAUCAGAUACAAAAUUCUCUGUCAAAAAACUCUGGAAAUUGCAGUUUGGAGAGGCCAAGUAAAAUCAUGAACAAUUGAAUACCUAGUAUAGUUGAAAUGGAUGAAUACAUUCAUGAGUAUGAAUAUACACUGGUUCCAACUUUUGAUAUGGAUGAAUAUGACCCUGAAGAAGAUGGAUACUUUGAAUAUUUACCAGAGGAUAAAAUGGGUAUGACAGUGACCUCAGGAGUGGUCACAUUACAGAAGGAUUCACAGAACCUGAUAGGUAUCAGUAUAGGGGGAGGGGCACCUCUCUGUCCCUGUCUGUAUGUGGUGCAAAUUUUUGACAAUACUCCUGCUGCCAAGGAUGGAACCUUAGCCUCAGGUGAUGAGAUUGUGGCAGUCAAUGGACAGACAGCCAAAGGUCGAACCAAAGUGGAAGUGGCCAAAAUGAUACAGUCCAUAAAAGGUGAGGUGUCCAUAGCUUACAACAAGCUACAUGCAGAUCCCAAACAGGGCAAAUCACUAGAUAUCGUGUUAAAGAAAGUAAAACACCGAGUUGUAGAGAAUAUGAGUUCUAAUACAGCAGACGCCCUGGGUCUUAGCAGAGCUAUUUUAUGUAAUGAUGGUUUAGUGAAGAAACUUGAAGAGCUGGAAAAAGUGGCAGACACAUACAAAGGGUUAAUAGAUCACACCAAAAAACUCCUGAGAGCUACCUUUGAGCUCUCUCAAUCACAUAAAGCGUUUGGGGAAGUGUUUGGGUCCAUAGGUGUGAGGGAACCUCAGCCAGCAGCCAGUGAGGCCUUUACAAGGUUUGGGGAGGCACACAGGAAUAUGGAGAGAUUUGCCAUCAAAAUGUUAAAGAAAGUCAAACCUAUGAUCAGUGAUCUGAACACAUACCUAAAUAAGGCAGUUCCAGACACACGGCUUACUAUAAAGAAAUAUCUAGAUGUCAAGUUUGAAUAUUUGGCCUACUGCCUAAAAGUGAAGGAGAUGGAUGAUGAGGAAUACAGCUACGCUGCCCUUCAGGAACCUCUGUAUAGGGUGGAAACUGGAAACUAUGAGUACAGACUAGUCCUUAGGUGUAGACAAGACGCAAGGGUCCGAUUUGCCAAGAUGAGGUCUGAUGUUUUAGUGAAGAUUGAAUUGCUAGAUCAAAAACAUGUGCAAGACAUUGUGUUCCAGCUACAAAGGUUUGUGUCUGCCAUGGCUAAGUAUCACAAUGACUGUCACACAGUGAUGAAGGAGGCGGUGGUGUUCCCUAUUGAGGUGGACCUGUCACGAGGCACCUUUACCUACGACACCAGUAAUCAGUUUAAUGAUGGGGAAGAUGAGGAGGAGGAGGAGGAAGAAGGAGAAGUGACAGAACCGAGCGAGACUCAAACAGGUGACCUUAUAAGUACAGAUUGAAACCAAUUGAAGAGGUGAUAGGAAAGGAAGCCAGAACCUAAUGGGAUAUCUUAACAGGAUGGACUGGAAAAGAAAAAGUUUGUUUUGCCACAAGUUUCAUUUUGUGCAAUUGUCCAUUGGAGAAAAGAAAAUCCCACAUGUCAACUACAGCAAAAGUUUUUUGUAUGAACAGUUUACAAACUUAUUACAAACUUAUUAUUUUAUGGCGUUGUAUUGACUUCAAAGUAUUAAUGCAAAAUAUUUUCUUUUUCAAUACUGUCAUAAAAUAAUUAUAGGAAAAGUUUUCUGUGAUUCACUGAUUACAUUUCUUAUUAUAAAUGUACAAGAUAAUUCUCUUUCCAUCAUAACAAGCUUGUGUUCUUCACAAGAAUGCUUUCAGAAAUCCAUCAAAUCAUAUUUUUAGCUCACCUUGAAAGUUGAGAUGUCUGUUUUGAAAUUGUAAAUACAUACAUUCUUGCAAUUUGGUCCACAAAAUAACAAUUUUUCCAAUAUUAUUGUAAUCUUGAAAUACUUUUUUGGAGGUAACUUUUGAUCUUAUCAUUCCAAAGGCAUUUCCAGUUAUUGUGAUUUAUUUUCUACAUUAAUUUUGUAAUCUCUAUUUAAUUUUUUCAUUUUUUUUUUUACUGGGGUACUAUAUUUUGAAUCUCUUUUUGUUGAAAUCCUUUAUUUCAGAUUAUACAAUUCUUGUUUAUUAUUAAAUGUUGUUAUUUAUAGAAUUUGUUGUGUAAUAAAAGUAGAAAUACUGA